AUGUUGUCAACUCGCUCUACCAACCCUAUGCCAAUGUACUCAACUCCAAGCUUGACCCCUUCAAUCUCAACAAACAAUACAAACCAAAACAUCCAAUCUGAUCUCUUUAGAAAACCAACUUCAAAUUCAAUAGCUAGAAUAUCGUUUCCAACAAAUUCUAAAAAUUUAUCUUCAACUUUCGAUCCUACAAACCAAAACUCAAACCAAAACUCAAACCAAUCCUCCAACCAAAAUACCAUCUUUAACACCCCCUCAAAAAACAACAUAGCUGAAAGAUUAGCCAGUCUACUUCCUGCUCCUCCCUUAUCCUUUGCUCAAAUAAGAAACGAGGCCUUGCAACCACAGCCCUCUAGAAGAGCUCGUAGAAGAUCAAAGUAUACUGCUGAACAAGAUGAAUUAAUUGUCUCGCUAAAAAAAGGCGGAAGAAGUUGGGUCGAUAUAGCUGAAUUAACUGGCGUGGGAAACUUUUUAGCUGCAAGAAAUAGAUACCAGGUCUUAAUAGGCCAACAAGGUGGUGGUGCAGCUGCCUGGGGAACUGAUGAUGCUAAUGCUCUACAGGCCUUACUAGAUGAAGGUGAAACUGAAAAAUGGAAAUUCAUUUCAAGAGAAAUCCAAAAGGCAACAGGCAAACUCUUCACAGAUAAACAAUGCCAAAAAAUUGUUCGUGAAUUGUUUUGGAAGGAUUCAAAGACAUUUGGCAUAACUGAAGAAAGCGUUGAACAAUAUUACAACGAAAUCAAAAGUCGAAAUGGCAACUCUUCAAAUCAAAAUACUCAUUCUGCUACUCGCCAUCAAAGUGUCCAAUCUCAGUCUCAACCCCAACUCCAACCUCAACUUCAACUUCAACCCCAAUCACAUACUCAUGUUCAGGUUCAAGCCCAAAGACUAAGGCAAAAUGUUCCACCUCAAAUGCAAAUAUCAAAUUCAAAUAAUUUAAACCAAAAUGGCUACUUGUCCUACUUUAAUGACCAAUCAUCAAAUCCAAAUUCUAAUUCCAAUAACCCAUCAAAUUUUUCAUCCUUCUCAACAACAACUGCUGGCACCACUACUAGUUCCACCAACAAUACAGAUUCUUUCUACUCAAUGCCUCCUCCUCCACAUCCUCAAAAUCUGUAUUCUUCAACUACCUCUCAUUAUCCUUAUUCUAAUCCAGCAGUAUCAACAGCCUCUAAUUCUGGUGGCGCUUUAUUAAGUACUGGAUUUGCUUUUUCUAAUAUCGAUGAGCAGAAUUGA